AUGUAUCUAUCCAUGACUUUUCAAUAUCUAUGUCAUUUCAAUAUCUAUCUAAGUCUUUUCAAUAUCUAUCGAUGUCUUUUCAAUAUCAAUCGAUCUAUGUCUUUUCAAUAUCUAUCUGUCUUUUCAUAUUUAUCUAUAUAUGUCUUUUCGAUAUGUAUCUAUCUACGUCUUUUCUAUAUCUAUCGAUGUCUUUUCAAUAUCUAUCUAUGUCUUUUCAACAUCUGUUUAUCUAUGUCUUUUCAACAUCUGUUUAUCUAUCUAUGUCUUUUCAAAAUCUAUGUCUUUUCAAUAUCUAUGUCUUUUCAAUAUUUAUCUAUCAAUCCAUCUAUCUGUCUUUUCAACAUCUAUUCAUCUUUCUAUCUAUGUCUUUUCAACAGCUAUAUAUCUACUUAUAUUUUCAAAAUCUAUCUAUCUAUCUAUCUAUCUAUCUAUCUAUCUAUUUAUAUAUCUAUGACUUUUCAACAUCUAUCUGUCUUUUCAACAUCUAUCUAUCUAUCUAUCUAUCUAUCUAUCUAUCUAUCUAUCUAUGUCUUUUCAAAGCUAUCUAUGUGUCUAUGUCUUUUAGAUAUCUAUGACUUUUCAACAUCUAUCUGUCUUUUCAACAUCUAUCUAUCUAUCUAUCUAUCUAUCUAUCUAUGUCUUUUCGACAUCUAUCUUUCUAUGUCUUUUCAACAUCUAUCUAUAUCUAUCGCACAUAGCCUGUCUCCUUUACCCAUCAGCCAUCAAACACUUAAAUUGGCCAAAAUAUGGCAAUGCUAUGAGAGGUUGUGGUCGGGGACUCCUCAUGGUAUGUGGGAGUUAGAAUGGUUUGAUAAAUAG